AUGUCGGCGGCCGCGUGCGACAUGCGGGGUUUGCCUCCUCGGCGUCUUUCCCCCGAGACCCGGAGAGAGAGAGAGCAGCUCGUUCGAGAGAAAGGCGAAGAAGUUCAAGGAUGGCGUGAGGCUCCAGCGGACGGCUCUUCGGGCGAGCGGAAAGGCGCCGCAGAGGAGGACGCCGGCGCGGAGACCGGAGCUCUUGGAGAGGAAGGGACGGACUCGCAGGAGGCGGGCGCGGCGCAGAAGGCGGGCGGAGGCCGUGGCCGUGAAGGCGAAGGCGGCAGGAAGAAAAAGAAGAGAGGCAACAGAGAGACCAGUGGGAGUGACGCACACAAAAGCAGCAGAGAAGAAAAAGCCGAAGGCGCAGAAAAUGAAACGGUGCGAGGCGCAGACGAGAGCGACCAGACGGAAGCGCCUCAAGGGACCGGAGCGGAGAUGAAGAAAGAGAAAAAGAGAAGGAAAAAGCACGCGCUGGCGUUGCAAGAAGCGGAGCUUGACGAGCGCCGCGAAGCGACAGAUGCGGCCCUGUCUGACUCUUCGCCCCUGCAUCGCUACCCAACGGAAGCAAGCGCGGACGACUCACUCCGCUUGUCGUCUUCUCCUCCUCUUUCUCUCGCAGCCGCGUCCUUGGGCGGUAAGUCCGCUGGGCCUUCGGCGUCUGCUGCCCCUGAGGACGUGUCUGCUUUGCUGUCGGGGGCAGCUCGCGGCGCGGGGCGCGCUAGUGAAUCGGAGAACGUCGGCGCGCGUUUCUCGCAGGACGAGGAGACAGAGGUGUCGCAGAUCGGCCGCGUGCUGAGUUCGCUAAGAGAGCGAGAAGAGCAGCUGAAGGCGCAGCAGGCGGAAGUCCAACGCACGCAGGAGGCGCUGAUGAAGAUGCUUCUCGACGAGCAGAAGAAACGAGAAGAGCGGAGGAAGAAGAAGGAGAAGCGGCGCAAAAGACUCGAAGAAGCGGAGAGAGAAGAGGCAGAAACUGGCGUGGACGAGGCCUCGCUGCAGGCGCCCGACCCAUGUGAAGAGCAUUCUUUCUCUGCAGCCACGAGGAAGAGCAAGAAGAAGGCUCGGCACACGAAGGAAAACGAAGAGGUGCUGGAGCAAUCGAAGAGCGAAGCACACGGCACUCUAGGGGACGACUGCGGAGAUGAGGAAACUGAAAGGGCGGAGCGCAAAAAAGCGAAAAAAGAAAAAAAGCUCGCGAAACUUUUAGCCGCUGCCCAGGGCUCCGGCGGCAACGCGCUUGGGGCGUCUCACGACCCGAGUGAGGCAGACGGCGCCGAAGCCGCUGCGGAGGCAGAGGGUCAGAAACGGAAGAAAAAGAAGAGAGCGCGCGAAGAGAAGAGAGCAAGCGCCGAGGUUGAGAACUCUGGAGCGUGUGAGAAGCACGAAGAAAGCGCAGCGCCAGGCGCGGAGGAGAAGGACGCACUCCAGGAAUGCAAUGCAGAGAAACGUGCGAAGGAAAGAAAACACAAGGAAUCAGGAGAGCUUGGAGACGGGCGGCUCGAGAAGGCAUGCGACGGCGACCCAACGCACGCGGGCGUUACGGAGGGCUCCCCGCGCGCCCGCGCAGCAGAGACAGUGGACAAGAAAAAAAAGAGGAAGUCCGACGCUAGCAGCGCAUACCCAGAGAGCUGUGGGGGAGCGGCGCGCGGGGACGGAGAGAAAAAGAGAGAAAAGAAGCGCAAGCAGAAGGCCGCAGAGGCUGAGACGGGGGAUGACAGUCUGGCUACUUACGGAAGACCGGCGGCGGAACGCACUGCCGCGACCGAAGCAGACGCCACCGAGGCUCUGAAUGGAGGCAGAAACGGAGAAAAGAAAAAGAAACGAAAAUCACAGGGCAACGACGAGGAUGUUUCAGAGGCCCGUGAGGGCGCACACACAGCGCCCCCGGCUUCACAUGCACGGGCUGCGGAGGGACACGACAGUACGGACAGCACACCCGCCGACGUGUCGCCGCCGGAAGACAAAACAGAGAGAAAGGAAAAGAAGGUCAAACUCGAAGCGAAUCUGCUUGCAGAGACUGCUCCUCCGGUCUCUUCCAAGCAGCAGGCGGUAACGGAAACGGAGAGACACCUCCAGGAGGGGGCAGAAGGGAUGGCAGAGCAGAUAUUCGGUCCGCCCGCAGGAGACAUCUCAAAGAAGAAGAAGCGAGGGAAAAAGGAGUCGGAGUACAAUGCAGGAGGUGAUGUAGAUCGUGCGCAAGCGCCAGCACAAGAGGAAAAUUUUACUGCGGGAAUAGAGGGCCGCGGCGUGCAGCAAACGGAGGCGGCGAGUCUCGUUUUUAAGGAAGAGAAAAAGAGAAUGAAGAAGGAACAGCGAGAAGCUGCGCAGGAGCCACACGGCGGCGAAGAGGUCGGAGAGGAGAGCCAAGCGGCGACCAAACGGAAGCGAUGCAGCAGCCAGCGAGACGAGUAUGCUGUGCUGGCAGGGGAGAGUCAAGAGGACCGCUCAGACAGCGAAAGAAUCGUAAGGCAGCGCGACAGAAAAAACGAAAUCACCCAAAAGCGAGGCGCAGAUGAAGAGCGCGACGAUCGGAGCAACCAAGGUUGCGCGGUCUCGAAGGGUAUUGCGGGCGGAGGUCGGAAGCGGGAGGCGCGCGAAGGAGAUGUGCAGGAUCCGAAGGGACGCGAGGAGAAAAAGAAGAAUCAGAGAACUACAGAGGAAGCGGCGAAUGCGGCCGAAGAAGGAACUAAAGUCGACGGAGCUGGCGAAAUAGAUAGAGCGAAUGAUGGGGAUUAUGUGAAAAAAAAGAAGCGGAGGCGAGGCGAAAGUGUCCAGGAUGAAGAAGGAAACGCAAACGCCGUGGAAACCGCUGAGGCCGCAGUGGCUUACGGAGAGCGGCUGACCACUGGCGAGGGUGGAGAGGAGGAAAUCGAACAGAAGAAGCGAGAGAAGAGGAAGAGAAAGAAAGGAAAACACGCAUCUACGGAAGCAGAGCACGCUCACGCGAAUGGCCUUAUAUCCCCAACUGAGGGUGUAGCCCAGGGUUCGAAAACAGGAGAUGAGGAAGAAGAGGCAGCGUGCUUCGUGGAAAAAAAGAAGAAAAAAAAAAAAGAAAAGCGCAGAUUGGAGUCUGCAGAAGAACUGUAG